UAUUCCAACAAAAUUUUAUUUUGGUCUUUAAAUUAUUUCAUCCGUAUAUAGUGCUGCAACAACCGCAAAUUUGUUAAUACACUUCAGAUAGCAACCUUUUUAAGUUAAUGGGGUGUUUUAUAUAUACGGGACUAAUGGAAAUAUAUAUGUUUGUGGAAAAUAAAACAUUAUUAAAUAUUGUUACGUACGUUAAAUAAUGUUUCAACUUUACUGACCCAUGCAAUAAAAAAAGGAAAUGUAGUCAAGUGUUAUUUGGUUGAUUUUCAACACUGCCCUCAAAUAGUAAUAACAAACAAAGUGACAUUAAUAAAGUAUACUACCUGUCACCUGCAUACUGCUAUGCUCUAAACAUUUUAUUUUUUUUACCUUAUAUAUUAAAUGUGUUUAUGCCAUUAAGAUAUGUGUUGAAAUAAUUGAAAAUAUUUAGAUAAGGAAUAUUAUAAACAAUACACGCGAUAGAGGAAAAUGGAUGACUUAAAUCCCCUAGCCGGUACAGCGCAUCUACUCGAAGAAGUGGACAAAAAGCUGAUGGUAUUGUUGCGUGAUGGACGCACACUCAUUGGUUACUUGCGUUCUGUGGAUCAAUUUGCGAAUUUAGUGCUGCACCGUACCAUCGAACGUAUACAUGUAGGCAAUGAGUACGGCGAUAUACCGCGCGGAGUUUUCAUCAUACGCGGAGAAAACGUUGUGUUGCUGGGAGAAAUUGAUCGCGAAAAAGAAGCCAAAUUGCCAUUGAAAGAGAUAUCAGUCGAUGAAAUCCUGGAUGCACAACGUAGAGAACAAGAACAAAGGCAAGAGAAACAUCGACUUAUAUCGAAAGCGCUGAAGGAGCGUGGCUUAGCGGUUAAUACAGAUAUAAUUAAUGAAGAUUUUUGUUAAAUUAUUAACUUGACAAUAUAUAAUUAUAAUAUAUUAGGUGUAGUAAAAAUAAAAA